AUGGCUAGAUCUAGCGUACCUCCGGUGACAAAGUUGUUUCUGGCGUUGCUGGUGUCCUGCUCGCUGAUCACUUUUGUUCUACGGUAUUCCACUUAUCUUCACAUUGUCACAAGUGAGACCCAUGAUCAAGACCAUGUUCAUCUGAUUGGUGAAGAUCAAGCUGCUUCUGAUAAUGAAAACAGUGUGCCAACACCACAGGAACUGUAUGUUCCAUUACUAGCACUAGUUCCAGGUCAAACCAGUUUGAUAAAGAUGCCAUGGGUACUGUUUACAACUUCUUUUAUUGAAGAUGGAGUGUUGUCAUUUGCCCUGUGCUUCUUUUUGAUCUUGUAUACAGGAAGAUAUAUCGAAGUAUUAUGGGGCCCAAGAGAGUUUUUCGCAUAUUUGACAUCAAACAUUCUAAUAAGUAAUGUCAUUGCAUAUUCAUAUUACAGUUUUAAACUAUCAGUUGAUGAUUCACUACCAAUUUCCCCAAUCACAGGUUCAUCAGCUUUAAUCAUAUCAUUAUUAGUUGCCAUCAAGCAAAGAAUACCAAACCAUUAUUUAUUAUUCCUCAAUGGGUUCAUAAGGCUACGAGUUUCAUUAGUUCCAUUUUUUGUAUUAAGUACGGGGUUAAUUUUCUCAUUCAUCACUUCAAAUCCAUACUAUCAUGUUAUAAACCAACUGGCAUGGCUAGGAUUCAUAAUAAGCUGGGUUUAUUUGAGAUUUUUCAAAGAAGGUGGAUCUGGAAGACAAUUGUCAUUAUUACCAAUAACAGAAUCUGGGAACCCAACAAUUUUGAUAAAAGGUGAUAGAACUGGACAAUUUGCACUAUCAACUUUCUUCCCAAGACCACUUUCAUUUAUUGUUGCAUUUAUUUCAGACAAGAUUUUCCAAAUGUUUGUUACUUUAAAACUUUUGAACCAUGGAGAUUUCACUUCAAAUAAUGAAGAAGAUAUGCAAGAUGAAGUUUCAAAUUCAAAUACCCAGACUGAUUUAAUAAGUCAAAUGUCACAAUCUCGUUUAUUCACUUCAUCCUCAUUAGCUGGUGUUUCAGGAAAUAUAUCAACAGUUUCAUUACCAAAAACUGGGUUCAUUAAAACUGUUCAUGAUAAACUUUUUGCAUUAAUUGGACAAUCUAAUGAUCAAUCUGCUCAAGAAAACAGAACAUUAGCCUCCAGAAGAAAGCAAGCAUUGGCCCAAUUAGAUUCCAAACUAUCUGCUUAA